CGCUGCGGAGCCUCCUUCCCGCUUCCCCCCGCCGCUCUCGGCCCGGGCCGCCUGCCCGCCCUCUCCCCCGCCCCGGAGAGCCGCGGCCGCGCCGAGAGCCGCCAAGAUGGCGUCCGCCCUGGAGCAGUUCGUCAACAGCGUCCGGCAGCUCUCGGCACAAGGGCAAAUGACCCAGCUUUGUGAAUUGAUCAAUAAAAGCGGGGAACUGCUAGCAAAAAAUCUCUCCCAUCUGGAUACAGUGCUUGGUGCCCUGGAUGUGCAAGAACACUCCUUAGGGGUUCUUGCGGUUUUGUUUGUGAAGUUUUCUAUGCCAAGUGUCCCUGAUUUCGAAACAUUAUUCUCGCAGGUCCAGCUUUUUAUCAGCACUUGUAAUGGGGAGCACAUUAGAUAUGCAACAGACACUUUUGCUGGCCUCUGCCACCAGUUAACAAAUGCCCUUGUGGAAAGAAAACAGCCCCUGCGAGGAAUUGGCAUUCUCAGACAAGCCAUAGACAAGAUGCAGAUGAACACAAACCAGCUGACCUCAAUACAUGCAGAUCUCUGCCAGCUCUGUUUGUUAGCAAAAUGCUUUAAACCUGCCCUCCCAUAUCUAGAUGUGGACAUGAUGGAUAUUUGUAAAGAGAAUGGGGCAUAUGAUGCAAAGCACUUUUUAUGUUACUACUACUAUGGUGGGAUGAUAUACACUGGGCUAAAGAACUUUGAAAGAGCGCUCUACUUUUACGAACAGGCAAUAACUACUCCAGCCAUGGCAGUCAGUCAUAUUAUGUUGGAAUCGUAUAAAAAGUACAUUUUAGUUUCUUUGAUACUACUUGGCAAAGUUCAACAGCUACCGAAGUACACCUCUCAGAUAGUGGGUAGAUUCAUUAAGCCCCUUAGUAAUGCAUACCAUGAAUUAGCACAAGUUUAUUCAACCAAUAAACCAUCGGAGCUCCGAAACUUGGUCAACAAACAUAGUGAAACAUUCACCAGAGAUAACAAUAUGGGGCUGGUUAAGCAGUGCUUGUCAUCUCUUUAUAAAAAGAAUAUACAGAGGUUAACCAAGACAUUUUUAACCCUGUCAUUACAAGAUAUGGCAAGUAGAGUGCAGCUAUCGGGGCCGCAGGAAGCAGAAAAAUACGUCCUUCACAUGAUAGAAGAUGGUGAAAUCUUUGCAAGUAUUAAUCAGAAAGAUGGUAUGGUCUGUUUCCAUGAUAAUCCUGAAAAAUACAACAAUCCGGCUAUGCUUCAUAACAUUGAUCAGGAGAUGCUGAAAUGUAUAGAGCUUGACGAACGACUGAAAGCCAUGGAUCAAGAGAUCACUGUGAACCCUCAGUUUGUGCAGAAGAGUAUGGGCUCUCAAGAAGAUGAUUCAGGAAGCAAACCUUCAAGUUAUUCUUGAAAUUAACAUUGGCCACUAUUCUGUUUUAAAGUAAAAGCUAAAGAAAACCACCUUUUGGACUGGGCAUUGAAAAGUCCUAUGAAGAGAGCAGAGAGAACUGAGGCUUUCACCUGGACAUUUAGAAAAUAAAAUGACACCUUCUCAGUACUGUAUGAUUUCAAAAAUAUUCUCUGCAAAGAAAGGAAAUCUCAAAGAAAUUUUAAAGUCUGUUGUGGAUUUAUUUAUCUUCAGAUUAACAUCGUUAAUGCAUUAAAUAAUCUUCCUUUUGUUUUAAAUGGUUUGAAUGUUGCUGUUUCUGUAGCAGUCCUUUUUCCUCUCCUACAAAAUUUGUUUAAAGUGUGUUUGUUCAUGGAAGAAUACAAACAAGUAUGGGUCACUUAUACAAAACAAUUAUUAGUUCAUUAUUUGAAAGCAUUUUGGACUCGGUUUGCUCUAUAAAUACAGAUUUAUUUAUCAUAUGUAUAGAAAAAAUAAUUUACUUUAUUUAAGAGUAACAAUUUUUGUAAAUUUACAUUCUAUCCCUACCCAAUCCAGCUGGCAGCUGUCUAUUAAGUGAUUAAAUAUAAACCCUCUUCAUCCCAAAAGGCUGAGAAUAUUAUCAUAGCAUUCCCGUGCUGGUAUGGAAUUAGAAUGUGGCAUUAGCUGGCUCUGCUGUAGAGCGCAAAAGGCUGUAGGGUCCUCUAUAUAUGACAACUACUUAUUUUAUGCCAGUAAUUUAAAAACCGAUGAUAUAAUUAAUGUCCUUCAAUAUUAAUGGGAUAUUCUUGCAAUCAGAUGAAAAUUUUCUAGAGCUAAACAAAAAGGUAUCUUUAAAACCUGGAUCUUGUGGGGCAAGACGGAGGUGAAGUCCAGUUUGUAUUGAAAAGAACUCUAGUGGCUCAAGACAACACAACCUGACAUAAAGGGGCUUUUAAAACAGCCUGGAACUUGGCUGUAUGUGAAUUCCGUUUAAGUACAAGGGUACUAUAGAGCUACUCUUGAGGCUUACCUCUCUGUGGCACUUUUAAUACACUACUAAUAUAAAAGCAGACAUAUCCUAUGGAGGUAACGUAUGCUGGAAUAGUGUUCUGCAGUUUGAAAUCCAAGGAUUCAUUUCAACCAUAGAUGCCUUGUUGAAUUAUUUAAGUAGCUUACCCAUUGAAUCAACAGGUUGGCUGUUUGUUUUGUAGUUUUUGUAUAUCUGAAACGUCUGACUGUUAACAGAGCACUUUUGAAACAGUCGCCGUCACUGCUGCCUUCCUGCUGUCAAUCAGAAACUUGUCACUGAGUCAGAUUUUUCAGAAUUGCUCAGCAUCCCACAGCGCCCACUUACGUAUCUCCAUGGGAGCUGAGCACCACUGAAGGCCCUGUGGCUAUAGAGCACCUGUGCUUCUAACGCUGAUAUUGGGACCUGUUUUAAAGAGCUCUAAAUCUAGCAGAGCCUUCCUUGACAGAGGUAUGCCCUCUCCAGUAAAAGGAAAAACGAUGUGCAAGCUCGUCUGUAGCUGGUGUAUGAGUGUUUAAAACCAUUUCCCCUAAACGGCUUGCUCCAUUAUUUUGUAUGUCUGCCCAGCCAAACAAACAAACAAAACCCCUACAACAGCAAAUCUCAGAGCCCAGGUCUAUAGAUUCGGGCUCAUGCUACAGCGCUAAAAAUAGCUGUCUCGAUGUUCCGGCUUGAGCUGUGAAAUCCACCCCCCUCAGUAGACUUCAGCAGCCCCAACCAGAACAUCUGCACAGCUGUUUUUAGCAUCGAGCCCAGGUAUAUAGACUGGGUCCCGAGACUCACUGCAGCAGGGUCUAUUUUUUUCCUGUGUAGACUCAUCCUUGGAUGUGCUGCAUCCCAUCAUAAAACAGCUUCUAUCUUGAAGGCAGCUUUCACACCUAACCUUACAGCGAGUCCUUGUCUUUCAUAACUUGCCUUGCCACAAAUUGUAAAGAUUUGUGAUUUUAAGUCUUAGACUCAGAUUUUUAAAGACAUUUGGACAUGAUGGCACUCAGCCUUGCAAUGCCUAAACUGAGUUAGGAGCCUACAUCUCGCUUUCAAAAGGGCUUUAUGCACUUGAAUCCAAAUGGGAUUUGGGCUUCUAAAUUGAACACUGCUACACCUAAAUAUGUUUACAAAUCUGGGCCUUGCUCCUUCCAACCUUCUCUCCUGUUUAAUCCUGCGGUGAUUUAAAAUGCUGAAUGUGCUAUCCUGUUUGGUGCUCUAGAAAUAUCUUAAAGAGUGGUAGAACUGCAGGUUCAAGUGUGAAGCUGGGUUGUGAAAGAGUCCUUCACUAUGUGCAGCCACUACACAACAGAUACAGAAAAUGGCUAACCACAAACUGCAGCUUAUACAUAGAAGAAUCAUU